AUGGAGGUUUUCUACUCAUGGCAAUCGUUGUUGCAGACGAACGAGGAUCGGAUCAAUACCUCUUCUGCUUUCAAUUCCUUUAAGAACAAUUACCUCCUCAUUUUCUCUAUUAUGAUGGCUGGAGACUGGCUUCAAGGACCUUAUGUGUAUUAUCUUUACAGUGUACUUAUGGUUUUGGAAAAGGAGAUAUUGGACAGCUAUUCAUUGCCGGUUUUGGUUCGCGAUGUUGUUUGGAACCAUUGUUGGAUCUCUGGCUGA